AUGUCAGCAGUACGAAGUGCAGCACUUAAGCUCGACUGGGCCCAAGUGACCAGCUCUCUCGGUCUUCGAGGACAGACAGCCACAGCUCUACAGGCUUUUAAAAAACGCAAUGAAGACGCACGGCGCCGUGUGCAGCAACUUAAAGCCCAGCCGCAGACUGUUGACUUUGCUCAUUACCGAGGCCUCCUCAAGAACCAGGCAAUAGUCGAUCAGAUAGAACGUCAUUGUGCUACCUUUAGACCCUCUACCUACGACCUGUCGCGCCAGUUAAAAUCCAUUGAAGCCUUUGAAGCUCAGGCCCUAAAGGACGCUACGGCUACCAAGGGCCGCGUUGAUCUCGAGCUCCGCGACUUAGAGAAGACCCUCAAAAAUAUUGAGGAAGCCAGGCCAUUUGAGGAUCUCACAGUUGACGAGGUAACCGCGGCACGUCCUGACAUUGAAGAAAAAGCCAGCCGUAUAAUCGCAAAAGGGCGCUGGUCGGUACCUGGCUACAAGGUUCGAAAAAUUUGGCGACUUAUCUGUAAUCUAAUCUCAGCCAAAGAGGAUUUGAUUUUUUGCCUGCAUGAUGAAUCUAUGGAAUACUUUCAUCAAAUAAGAGUUUGCUUAUAA